AUGGACGCGAGUUUGAAAGAGAUCGAGUAUGACGUCCUUGUUUUAGGCACUGGCAUGGUCGAGGCCAUUUUAGCAGGGGCAUUGGCUCGAGUGGGGAAGAAAGUGCUGCAUCUGGAUCAGAAUGAUUACUAUGGCAGCAACUACGCGUCGUUCCCGUUGAGUCAGUUCCUCCGAUGGACAAAGAACGAGGCUAUUCCUCCUCGCAACUUUAAUGGCAACGAGGACAGUAGACAAGUUGAACCAAAUGCUGACAAGACAGUGGAGACAGAGAACCAGCGAGUGCUGCCAUUGAAGAGCUCAUUUGGGUGUCACUUGCUUGAAGAGGGCUUUGCGAACGAAACUGUAAAGGAGGAGCUCUUGCAGCAAUCGUCGUCCUUUAGUAUUGACGUGAACCCACGACUCAUGCUGUCAUCAGAGCAUCUCGUGGAAAUUCUGAUCACGUCGGGUGUCGGACGGUACCUUGAGUUUGCGGCGAUCGAGCGCACGUACGUGCAUUUUCAGCCAUCGGCGUUAGGCGUUCAGCAAUCAGAGGAGGAGGAUAUUUACAAUGACACAGUGUGGGAAGUUCCUUGCUCGAAGCGGGACGUGUUUCAGAGCAAGCUCCUGGGUAUGGUCGAGAAACGGCAGUUGAUGAAGUUCUUGCAGUUCGUGGCUGACUACGGCGAGACGCACAUUUUGCACGAGGACGUAAAGACCAAAAACGAGCGGACGUUAGCGCUUGGACGUGCGCUGAAACGGCCGCAAAACAAGGUGAGUCAGACAGAUGAGGAUGCAGAGAUCGCCGCGUACCUUGACCGUCCGUUCCAGGAGCUGCUAGAAGAGCACUUCAAGCUCUCGAAUAAAUUGCAGCAAGUGGUCGUGUACUGCGUCGGGCUCGCAAGCUUUCCUGCGACCAAGAACCAGAUCUCAGCUCGUGACGGGCUUGCUGCAGUCUAUCGCUAUGUGGCGUCGAUCGGAAGGUUUACAGGGACCGCUUUCCUGGCUCCAUUGUACGGCAUCAGCGAGCUUGCGCAAAGCUUCUGUCGACUGAGCGCUGUGUACGGUGGCAUUUACGUCCUCUGCGCUUCUGUCGAUGGGUUUUUGCUGGACACUGAGAAGGGAGAGCUCAGUGGCGUACGCUGCAGCGAUGGCGAUGUAUUGCGAGCAAAGCAUAUCGUGACGAGCGGUAGCUACGUUGACUGCCUUCGCCUUACCGAUGAUGGACGAGAGAGAGGACGUGCACACGGCCGUAUACUCCGAGGUGUGUUUGUGUUGAAGACUUCCUUGCGCAAAGAUAUGGCCCGUAUCAUGCUUGUGAUUCCUCCAGAGGACAUUGAGUUCAAGAACCCGUUUGCGAUUCAAGUUGUGCAGCUGGAUGUUGGUGCGUACGCGUGUCCGAAGGGCUACUUCCUCGCUCACAUCUCGAUGCCGUUGCCAGCUGACUGGUUCAACCAGACUGUGAAGCAGCGAGAGCUCUUGCAGUCUGUUAUCCGACGACUUGUUCUGAGCUCGGAAACAGAGUUGCAGCAAAAGUGUGGCAAGCAGACCAAAGCAGACGCCAAAGCGACGUCAUUCGAGACUACCACGGACACGACAAAAGAGCUGUUAGCUGAUGCAGGUGAAGUGAGAGCCUCAGAUGUGAACGCGAAUCCACCUUCCGAGCCAGAAUGGAGCGACCGGAUCGCUUGGCGAGCCAUCUUUACCACGGACCACCUUGUUUCCACUGGCACUUAUGAUGCCAGUGCAAGUACAAAACGUCGAGAUAUCCCUGCAAACGUGUGGGUGUGCGAAACGUGUAUGGCUGACUCAGAUAAUCGAUCGGAUCCCGUCCAGCAACAGGAUUCAUCCGACAACGGUGCCAGUCCUUUGGAUAUCCACCUCGAAAGCGCGAGUGCCAAUGCCCGUGCUAUUUUCGAGGCACUGUGUCCCGGCGAGCCUUUUCUACCCAAGAGCGCAAGUGCCGAACAAGCAGAGCAAGAGGAACAAGACAGCGAAGAGGAUGCUGUGCUGCACGCUGCCCAGAAAUUGGCGCAGCAAACGAAGCUCAAUGACGAGCAAACACCGGGAAGCAUUGCAGACAAGUUGGACUGCGAACGUGCUGCCAAUCGGGAACCGGAGACCAAGAACGAGGACGUUUCGGAGGUCGGAAUUGUCUGUGGAGCGGACCCUGUUAGCAACAAAAAGGAAGAGCCGUGA